GUUCAAUGUAGGCGAAAAGCGUUAUUGGAGUAUUUUGGCGAGGAUUUUGACGCUCGCUUCUGCCAGAACAAGUGCGAUAUAUGUCGCGCAUCGAAUGGAGUUGUUAUGGAUGGACGAGGUAUAUUUUUGGGACAGUGAGAUAAAGAUGAUUGAACUGUCGGCAGAUUACGUAGUGCAUGAGAGCAUUUUUUAUCCAUCUCUGCUCUAAUAGUAGAAGUAGUUCCUCUUCGUUCGCUGCCGCCGCGACUGGCAGCCUAGUACCCAACAUCUUGAACCGAAACGCUCCUGCUGCAUCUAGUGGCAGUAACAAUCAUCUACUGGGUAUGCAAUCUUCGGCUUCGAGUAGUAGUAGUGGCCUCAACAUGACAACAGCCGAACGAGAUGCACAUUUGCGACAGCAAGAGGGUCUGCCACCUGCAAGAACUGUAGACAUGACAAAAGAGGCCAAAAUCGCUUUGAUGUAUUUUAGAGACUGUGCGAGUUGCGAACUGACAGUAGCGAAGUUGCGAGACGCCUUGGCAGGGUUGAAUUUGCCCAAAGCUCCUCAAAGUAGGAGAAAGGGCAGAAGAAAAGUCCAUACGAGUCAACAAUAUCAGCGGAUAGUGAACCAAAAGCGCGACACGAUAAUGGGACAUCGCAGCUUUGGGAGUUUGAAUUAUGACUCGAACUUACAGUAUCAGUAAGAACUUUUUGCUCAUGUUGGUUAUGUUCGUAAUCGUACUUAUUCAAUUUGGCGGCAUUGUCAUUCGGACACAGUCCACAACACGUCACUUAAUUAUGUACUUGUGACGCCGUAACUUCUUCACCACGUCAAUUUGGCGGUCUUCACCACGUCAAUGGACAUAGAGAGAGUUUUUCUCUAGAAAUAGAGUCGUAAAAGCUCUGCACUGAUUGCCAUCAGCCGCAGAAGAUAAUAGAACACAUGGGCUCAAUAUCAAUUACUUACCCUCUUCUACCUCUUCUUCUAAGGGAUGCAACAAGGAAAAGGCACAUGUGAGAAUUUACUACGAAGCAUGAUAACUGCGCAAGUGUUGAUCGAAGAGACUGUGUCGAAUAGCUCUUUUACUGCCGCAGCGAAUACAUUAUGAAGGGAAUUCUACUUCUACUUUUCAGGAGGUGAAUGAGUUGUUGUAAUUUGGUUUCACCCUGAUCAUGAAAAUCUUCAAUUAGAGAUUGAUAGUUAGUGCAACAGCUUCGUAACGACUCAAGUCAGUUAUGGCUGUGAUCUAGUGCUCAAGACCCCUUCCUUGCAAUCGAACACUUCCCCUUCCUUCAUGCUGAACUUACCCCCCGAAUGGGUAGAUUAUUAUUAUUAUCUAGCUCCUCUAACCCAAGGCCGUGGCGGCCGACGCAAAAAGCGACGAGGCGGUCGUGCAGGAAAGUUCAGUUGGAACAUACUGAAGAUGGGACCUAGGAGCUCCGCAUUUCUCAAUUCUCCCCAACCGUCAAUACAGAUCAUGGUCGAAACCGUGGCUGCUGCAGGAAGCCAGGCGUCGGGAGUUUCUGUUUCCUCAAGCAGGGACUCUACCGAUUUAGAGGAUGAUAUUGAGACUUCCGACUCGGACGAGGAGACGUCGGAUUCUGAAGUUUUAGCAGCUAUAGCAGCCUCCAAAGAGGAGCACCAGCGUGAACAAGCGGUCAUGCACCAACUACAGCAGAAUGAAGUGACGCGACAGCAAAUUAACGCUAAAACGCCGAACGGUGCACUUGGUGGCCCAACAACUAGCUUGGCGUCGUCUGUACCUGUAGGUGGUCCUAAUAUGUCAAUAGGUCCCUCAAAUGGAACGAGUACGUCAACUACGGGGUUCGGUGGCACGUCAGCGUCAGGAUUUGCUGGCACAUCAUCAACGACUACACCAGGCUUUUCCACAUCCACUUCUUCAGCAGCCUUUCCUACUACUUCAGCAAUAGGUAGCAGUGGUUCUUCUUCGAGCGCUAACAAUGCAACAGCUGGUGGUUCUUCUUUGAGCACUAACACAGCUGGCUUGCUGGGCAGUCUACGGACAAAUGGCUUUCGAAACAAUAGUACAACUAGUAGUGCGGCGACAUCAAGUUCCAGAAUAAAUUCUAGUGCGACAGCACGCUUCUUUGGUGGCAUUUCGAUGAAUGGAGAGUCUUCGGGUGCUUCUUCUUCUACCACCUUUGCCGCAUUCAACGCGCUGUCGGACAAGGGUCACGCUGCAGCUCAGUCUUCUAAAAAUGGUGCUGGUAAGUCGUCCUCUUUCGAUGCAAUAUCCGAAGACGAAACAGAUGAUGACGAGAAGCUAUUUGGUCGUGGGCCGAUGAAACGAAGCGCGGAACAGUUAUGGCAAUGGCCUGUAAGAUUGUCAUAUUCUUUUUCAUGGCGUUCAUCUCGAAAAAUUAGUUUAUCAAAGUAGAAACACGAUUUUUCAAGAAGUGCUUGUGCUUACUAGAGAAAAUAUGAAUCAUCUAUUCCUAUGGUAUGGGCACAACAUUCUCGCUCUAAUGCAGCCGACAGAUAAGGAUAGUGAUGCUGAAGAGCUCGCGCCGAGUAGCCUCUUGGCAAGGCUACGCGAAAAACGACGAAGACUAAGUCCGAAUGAACCUCCGAAAAAGUGAAGUAUGGUAAGUAAAGGUUUGCCAACCUGCUUUUGCGCUGGUUCUUUCGUGAUAUUCUCACUAUUUUCUGCUGCGCAAGCAUAUCACCAUAACAAUGUUCGCUCUUAG